AUGCAGCUCUCCGACUUUCCGCCCGAAAUCCUCGACGAGAUCAUCGGUUGGUCGAUGCCCCUCUCCUUCGAAUCCCUCGCUCUCUCAUGCAAAGCCAUACACACACGCGCCGCCUCCAAAAUCCCCCUGCACAAUCGUCUGAAAAAGAAAUGGAAGUGCGCCGAGCACCGCUGGUCUCGCUAUAGCGACAAUCUCCGUUUCCUCCACGAAAUCGCCAAAGAACCGCUCAUCACCCGCUACAUCGAAACGCUCAUUCUCCACGAUCGGCGUGAUUCUUAUCAACUUAAGGUGUUGGAAGAAGAUGAUGCCAAUGAUGACUUCAGGAAGGGCGAAGCAUACUUGGAGCGGAUACGCGACUUCUUCUUCGCAAGUAGCGCAAAGAGAUACAUCGAGGAAGCUGGCGUGGAUAUGGACGACUGGUGGAACCACGUCAAGCAGGAUACUAAUACUAAGCUGGACCGGUUUAAUAGCUAUCCGGACCCGACUCCUUACAUCGACGUGUCCAUACUUCUUCUGUUGCCGAAUGUAAAGACGGUCAGGCUCGCGCGGAAGAGCUGGGCGGAGAUACCGGAAGCUGAGGCGAAAGCGUCGUCCAUUCACAGAGCGACACCCGAUCUUUGGCCUGUUCUCGAUACUGUGGUCAAAACCGCAAAUGGACCUGCGUUCAGUGGGAGAGCAUUAGGGAGGCUAGAGAGGGUCCUGCCGUUCAUGGGGCAAGGGUAUGUGGAGAGAGGUGCGUUGGAAGCAAUCCAGAGCUUCAUGCAGAUCCCGUCCGUCACCGAAGUAUAUAUGGUGUCCUGUCUCGCCAUUUGUAACGGAGACGGAUACACCGGCCAGAGUUUCACAUGGCGCUUACCGGAGUAUACGUGCAACGUGCGGCGCCUCGAACUGGCGUAUUGCGGUAUUGAUCGCGGCGGCAUUUGCACCGUCCUUUCUCUCAUGCCUCAUCUCGAAAACGCCGGUCUAUUCCUAGACGCGGUAGCGAAGCACUGUGGCGCGAACAUAACUGAGCUCGCCAUUGGGUGUGGGGGCGUGGAAGGAAAUGGCGGUAUCGAAAACGGGAUCGGCAGCUUCCACGAGUUUUCGAAGCUGAAGAAGUUAGAAGUGGACGCUGUGGUCUUCCAUGGACCACCCAUCGACAGUGGGCAGAUGCAAGGUUACUGCGCGCACAGGCUGGAGGGCGCGAAGACGUGGACCGAGGAGGACCUGCCCUGCCUCGCUACUAUGCUACCGCCUUCGUUGGAGGAGCUGCAUGUUAACAUCGACUACGAGGGCUCCCGGAAGAUUGAUUUUCUCUCACUAUCACCCCUCGAUCGCCACGAUAUGAUAUGCGAACUUCGCUAUCAAAAUGCUGCCACGGCCUUGCUGAAAGGUUUCAACAGUGAGAGGCAGAGGAGAUGCCCACAUCUGACGAAAGUAGUGUUCCGACAGUACGGGAUCGAUAUUGCGAGGCGGGAGGUGGAACAGGAGGGUUGUGAAUUAGACGAUUACGAGAUCGGGAGCAGGGAGCGGAUGCCUCUGUGGAUACGAGAAUUCCAACAAGUGGCUUACAGGAUUGCACGUAUUCAGUGAAAAGGGGGGGGGGGG